UGUCAAAGCGAACAAGGGUGGCGGCGGGAGUGGGAGAGCUGCACAGCUCCAACUCCCCAGCCCCAGCUCCCCACUCCUGGCGUCCGAGACCCGGCGGCAGCCAUGAACAGCGACGAGCAGUACUACGCAGCUACGCAGCUUUACAAGGACCCCUGCGCGUUCCAGCGCGGCCCGGCGCCAGAGUUCAGCGCCAGUCCGCCCGCGUGCCUGUACAUGGGCCGCCAGCCCCCGCCACCGCCGCCCCCGUUCCCAGGGACCCUGGGAGCUCUGGAGCAGGGCAGCCCCCCGGACAUCUCCCCGUACGAGGUGCCGCCCCUCGCUGACGACUCCGCGGUGGCGCACCUCCACCACCACCUCCCAGCUCAGCUCGCGCUCCCACACCCGCCGGCCGGGCCGUUCCCGGAUGGAGCUGAGCCAGGAGCCCUGGAGGAGCCCAGCCGCGUCCAGCUGCCUUUCCCGUGGAUGAAGUCUACCAAGGCUCACGCGUGGAAAGGCCAGUGGGCAGGCGGCGCCUAUGUUGCAGAGCCAGAAGAAAACAAACGGACCCGCACUGCCUACACGCGUGCGCAGCUGCUGGAGCUGGAGAAGGAGUUCCUAUUCAAUAAAUACAUCUCGAGGCCGCGCAGGGUGGAGCUGGCUGUCAUGCUGAACUUGACAGAGAGACACAUCAAGAUCUGGUUCCAAAACCGUCGCAUGAAAUGGAAAAAGGAGGAGGACAAGAAGCGCAGCUGCGGGCCAGCAGCCGGGGGUGGCGCGGAUGCUGAACCAGAGCAGGACUGCGCGGUGACUUCGGGGGAGGAGCUGCUGGCGCUGCCGCCAUCAUUGCCCCCCGGUGGUGCGGUGCCGCCCGCUGUCCCCGCGGUCGCCCGAGAAGGACGCCUGCCGCCCGGCCUUAGCGCGUCGCCACAGCCCUCCAGUGUCGCGCCCCUGCGACAACAGGAACCCCGGUGAGAGAUGGGGGCUCCUCCUGGCCAGGCGGCUUCAACCACUGGUAAAGAAGGGGGGUGCAGUGUCGGACCCUGGGUGUGGACAACCAGCCUUGGCCGUUCAAGGGGUUCAGGAACUGCGGAGGCCACCCCAGACGGAAGGGGAGAACUCGAGUUCUCAGGCACCUGUGCCAAUUGGGGCGUCUUGGAGAGACACUGGCAGACCUUCUGAAAGGAGAAGAGAGGUUUUCUGUAAUAUCUGGGGCCUCUUCUGGUCUGUUGGAUUGGAGACAUUUGCUGCUGCUGUGUGGGUCCUAGCACUCCAGAACCAUGGACCUCUUUAGAGAAGCCAGCUCUUCAAAAGACAACAGAAAAUACAAGCCGGAAUGCUCCCCAACACAUUGCAGGCAAGCUGGACAGAGCGCCUUAAUCUGCCCUGAAACAGAGCCAACUUUACUCAGGCUUCAGCCUUAACGCUUAGAAAUAAUUGAAAGGAAACUUCUAAGGUUUCAAAGACCUAGUGAAAUUGAUGCCAUGGGAUAGAAUAAUUCUUCCUCUGCCUCCUCCUCCCUGUGUUUUCCUCUUCCUUUUUACAAUCCUUUUUAGUAUAGCCAUGUACUUCACCAGCUCACAUCCUUUGAUCUGCAUCUCUUUUCUCCAAAGAAGAGGACGUCUUGCAAGUGUGGCCAGGCAGCAGCAGGGCUGGGAUAUAAAGGCAGUGCCAGAGUCCCUGUACAUUCAGUUUGUCCAACACUUGGAGAGAGGGCAAGGGGAGAUGGGUCUAGAGCAAGGGAUUUGGGGGAGAAAGAUGGCCCCUGAGCCAUCACUAAACUGAAGCUAUUUGGAGCUUUCUAUUUAGGAUGUGGAUUUAGUGCCUAAUCUCACGGCAGAAGAGGCUGUAUGAAAGGCAAGCAACAUGGCCUGACCUGCCUUGGAAACUAUUCCCAGAGACAGUAUGAUUCCCACAUCUUUAGAAAUGAUGAAAAUGUACAUGGUUGGGGAGUUUGAAAACUGGUUAUUUUUAUUUAAAGUUUUAAAAUUACCUAACAGCUCUUUACAACCAGGUCUGUAGUUUCCAAGUCAGUUGCUUGUUUCAGGGUCCGGGCCUUGUGUUUGGGUGGUGUUUGUGGAAAACAAUUAAUAAAUAUGGAUAACAUGGAAAAGAGAUCCAAACUGAUUUCCCUUGCUUUGUAUCAGAUUUUCUUGC